AUGUGGGAGUUACAGGAGUUUAUCGGAGACGUGCUCAAUAAGACCUUCGUUAUCAGCCAACCAGGUGUUAUUAAGUUUGGUGGUUCAGGAUGUGACGUUGACUUGCGGCCAGCUGUGUGCAGUGAGGUGGCUAAUAUGUUUGUUAUCGGUACUGAUACUAAUUGUGUGAACGGUUUACAGUUUAAUCUGUCGGAAAAUGUUCAGGGACAAUCUUUAGUCAAUGGCGUGUUGUCAAAAGAAUACCAGCUCAUAAAGUCAGGAGACAUGGUACAAUUUCGUUCCGUAUCGAACAAGAAGUUUAUGUUGAUCUACAAAGAAAUCAAUAUACUUUUUUCUUCGAUGGAGAGGAAUAUACGAAAAAAAGCUAAAACAGUCGCCAACCUCAUUCAUGCAAAAGUUUUAAGUGAUUGGUCGAACGAAUGCAAUGUUCUUGUUAUGCAAUCUCUGAUUGUUACUUCGAAAGUUAUAUGUGCAUUACUUAGCUGUAUUCCUAUUGUUACACCGGACUACUUGGAAGAAAUCAAGAAAAUCCAAGGCUACACAUUCGCAACGAAACCUGAUCCAAAAGACUUUUUGCCGAUUAUGAAGGAGGAAAAACUGACACAGAAUGACGCCUCAAAGUUUCUCCCCAAUGAUUUGCGACGUCUUUUAUUUAGUAGAAAGGUAUUCUUUGUUCUAAAUAAAGACAAGUACAAUAUUCUGUCGGAUAUAAUCCGUUUGGGGAACGGGAGUUCAUGUUUACUUGAUUCUCCUGAUGCUCUACUUACCUUCAAUUCAAACAAUAAAAUGCAUGUGACUGGACAUAUUGCUGUAGAUGAUCUCCUUCGUGAUAUUUUAUCGAAACCAGAGUCAUGCGUCGUUCAUUUUCAUCCCACAUCUGUAACCGAAUCAUGGCAGCGAAAAGUUUAUUCUGUAUUGCGUAGUCUACGCCGCAGACCCAUUCUAGAAUCAGAACUGGGUUUCGCUGUUGUAUAUUGCUCGACAAAGUUAUAUUGCAAUCCAGAUAAACGCUGCCCUGAUGGAUUAUACCAAGAAAUUGAUAUAUCUGGUACAUUCUCGGUGAAUCCGUUUCAAAUAGACUCGGAAGUUGUCUCAUCAGAACUUAGUCAAUCAUCUACUACAGUGGUUGGCGCGAAAAUUCCUGACUCUACUCAUAGGAAUUUUUCAUCUAAAAUGAAGAAUACCGAAUCAGACUCUGGACUCAAAUUAAGAUCAUAUCAAACUGCAAGGUUAUGUGAACGUAAAUUUGGGUCUACUAUAUCUAAAAUUGUUCCUGUGAAAACUCCUGAGCGUAUAACUGUGGGAAGCGUUUUAGCAUAUGACUCAGAGCCUUUAGUAAGUCAAAAUUUUGUUGAUUCACCACAAACUGCACAUUUGGAUUUGGAAAAUCAAGAGCCUUGUAAACUUGAAGCAAUCUUGAAAAACAGUAUCUCUACUUCAACCUUCGAAUCGUCAUUAAUUCAUCAACCUUUAGCAUGCACUGAUAAGAAUGAUUUGUUAAACACAUUAAACAAUAUGCCUUCACUUCUUCAAACAAAAAUUAAGCAAGGUACGUUGCUCGAGUCUAACGUCAAUAAUAAGAAGAAUACAACUCAGCUCUCACCAUCAUUGUCUAACAAAAGUUUUGACAGUAUCAAACCGGAAAUCCCUAAGUAUGAAUUAUUAUUGGAAAAUGAUGCAAAUUCAUCUGUUGUAACUGGAUCGAAUUCAUGUAGCCUCGAUUUAAAUAAUGGUCAUUCAUUUCCAUCUAAUAAUGAAAAUCGUCGAUCAGGAAGUUGGCUCCGAAAACAUCCAGCUGAUAACGAUGCUGAUGUUGUUGAUACAUUAAAUCAAACAAACUUGGUAAUUCUUGCCCCUAUAACUAUCCCUCAGAAAGUUCCACAACUCCACAGUGACGAACAGUUAAAUAAGGUCAACUUUAAAAACUUCAUCAAAAUCUGGCCACCCCAUCUUCCUCGGAACACAUUCAUAAAACCUUGUGUUCCCAGUUCGUACUUGUCAAAACCUAUUCCUCUGACUUCUUAUCAACAAACACUAGAAAAAUGUGACAGUCGCAAAAGUCUUGUAAAGUCAAGACAACCAUUAGAUAAUGAGCAGGAGCGAAUUAACAAACUUUUCGAAUGA